CCCUCGUCUUCGAAGUCGGACCGAGCUGCGAGAGCUGUCGGUGCUGCUGUCGUCUGGGUUCUCCUCGCGGUCUUUGUCCGCCGCUUUGUUCUCGCCGCCCUGGCGUCGUCCUCGCCCCCGUCUCCGCCCGCCCCGCGCGCCCGGGCCUUGCCCGCCAUGGUCGCCCGGCCCGAGCCUGAGGUCGAGGCCAUGGACGCUGAGCUGGCGGUACCACCGCCGGGCUGCUCGCACCUGGGCAGCUUCAAGGUGGACAACUGGAAGCAAAACCUGCGGGCCAUCUACCAGUGCUUCGUGUGGAGCGGAACGGCCGAGGCCCGCAAGCGCAAGGCAAAGUCCUGUGUCUGCCAUGUCUGCGGCAUCCACCUGAACCGACUGCAUUCGUGCCUCUACUGUGUCUUCUUUGGCUGUUUUACAAAGAAACACAUCCAUGACCAUGCAAAGUCAAAGCGGCACAACCUGGCUAUUGACCUGAUGUAUGGAGGUAUUUACUGCUUCCUGUGUCAGGACUAUAUCUACGACAAAGACAUAGAAAUCAUUGCCAAAGAGGAGCAGCGCAAGGCUUGGAAGCUGCAAGGCGUUGGAGAGAAGUUUUCAACUUGGGAACCAACCAAACGGGAGCUGGAACUGCUGAAACACAACCCAAAGCGGCGGAAGAUCACCUCCAACUGUACCAUUGGUCUGCGUGGGCUGAUCAACCUGGGAAACACGUGCUUUAUGAAUUGCAUCGUGCAGGCGCUGACCCACACCCCGCUGCUGAGAGAUUUCUUCCUGUCAGACAGGCACCGUUGUGAGAUGCAGAGCCCCAGCUCCUGCCUGGUCUGUGAGAUGUCCUCUCUCUUCCAGGAGUUUUACUCGGGGCACCGCUCCCCACACAUUCCAUACAAGCUGCUGCACCUGGUGUGGACGCACGCCCGGCACCUGGCGGGUUAUGAGCAGCAGGACGCACAUGAGUUUCUUAUUGCAGCCCUGGAUGUCCUCCACCGGCACUGCAAAGGUGAUGACAACGGGAAGAAAGCUAACAACCCUAACCACUGCAAUUGCAUCAUCGACCAAAUCUUCACGGGUGGGCUCCAGUCUGACGUUACAUGCCAAGUCUGCCACGGAGUCUCCACCACCAUAGACCCCUUUUGGGAUAUCAGCUUGGAUCUGCCGGGAUCUUCCACGCCGUUCUGGCCCUUGAGCCCAGGGAGUGAGGGCAGCGUCGUUAAUGGGGAGAGCCACGCGUCAGGCACCACUACUCUAACAGACUGCCUGCGAAGAUUUACCAGACCAGAGCACUUAGGAAGCAGUGCCAAGAUCAAGUGUAGCGGUUGCCAUAGCUACCAAGAGUCCACAAAGCAGCUCACCAUGAAGAAACUGCCCAUUGUGGCCUGCUUCCAUCUCAAACGAUUUGAACACUCAGCCAAACUGCGGAGGAAGAUCACCACAUAUGUGUCUUUUCCCCUCGAACUGGACAUGACGCCCUUUAUGGCUUCCAGCAAAGAGAGCAGGAUGAACGGGCAGUACCAGCAGCCCCUGGACAGUCUCAACAAUGACAACAAGUACUCCUUGUUUGCUGUUGUUAACCAUCAAGGGACCUUGGAGAGUGGCCACUACACCAGCUUCAUCCGGCAGCACAAAGACCAGUGGUUCAAGUGUGAUGAUGCUAUCAUCACCAAGGCCAGCAUCAAGGAUGUGCUGGACAGUGAAGGGUACCUGCUCUUCUACCACAAACAGUUCCUGGAAUACGAGUAGCCCUGCCCUGCCGGCCAGAAGAAAGAACAAGCUUCCUGACACAAUCCCUGCCCUCUCCUCCCCAUAUC